AGCGCAGCGUGGGCCGCAGGUUUUUGUUGCCUAAUUCAUCACGUGAGGGAAUGAAGUUUUUCUGGACCUACAUGGAUCUAUAAGCAUUUUCAAGAUGGCUAAGAACUGUGGUGAAGAACCAAGUGGAAUGAUGAGAGGAAGCAUCCACUUCUACCAACUUCUAUUGACAUUCAACUUACAUAUUUGACAGCAUGGUUUCCUGACAGAAAAGUAUAUUAUGUAUUUUUUUCUGAAUUCCAAAUCUGUAUUAGAUAUGCCAUCUGUGGUGGUUUUGGAAAGAUGAGAAGGGACCCACUGUGGGGCAACACAAUGAAACCGAAAAUGUCUGCUAUUCCUGUUGUAUGCGUUCUGGCUAUGAGAGUUUUCUUGUGACUUCUGAGCUUGGUACUCUUGGCCUCAUGGGAACAAAAUAAAACAAAAAGCAACCUGAUUUUGGUAAACAAAAUGCCACGGAGAAGGAAAAUUGGUGGGAGUCCUUCUCGGAAGACCGGAGCUGCUGCUGUUUUACCCCAGGGGGACCCAAGCCUCUCAAUGUCACAACCAGUCUACAGUGUCAAUAAGGAAGAGCUCUUCAACAGCAUGUCGGAAAUGUUUUCUGACUUAGAUCCUAGUGUGGUAUAUAUGGUUCUCUCAGAAUGUGAUUUUAAAGUAGAAAAUGCUAUGGAUUAUCUGUUAGAACUGUCCUCUCAUGCUGAAGGAGCAGCAUCUUUGAAAGACUCGGAUUUUGGAUUAAUGAUAUCGUCAUUAGCCCUUGUUAAUCAGCGGAGAUCUGCUCCAAAUCAAAGAAUGUGGGAAAGUACUGCAAAACACUGUAAUUCUGAAGAAGAAAAAGAAAAGGUCUUAUCACCUGACAUGCCGCUGACUGAAGAACUGGAUUCCUUAAUAGAAAAUGCUUUUCAGAGAUGCAGCUUGAGUGACGAAUUGCCUAAUUCUGCAAAUGACCAAAUUGUAUGUGAACAUGAUGGCUUUAAGGAAUUUCCUGAGUGGGAAGAAUCAGAUUUGGGUCGCGAUGUUCUGCUUUUUCCACACCAAAUAGCGACAAGUAAUGAGAUUUUGGAAAACUGCUGUUCUCAACUACCAGUGAAUCAGCUGAACAUCCAGACAAGUUCACCAGCUGCAUCGGACACUUCUGCACAAGCAUUAGGGGUUUCCGAUUUGUCAAAAAUAUACGUUCACCAUGAUAUAGCUUCAGAAGCCUGUAAACAAUCAAAUGGAAAAAUGUCAUGUGGAAAUUCUGAUCAGGCACAGCAUGUUGUUUCAGACCGUAAAAGUGCAACUACUGCUUCUGGUGAGUCUUCCCAAAGAACUUUGGAACUUGGAGUAGCUAUCACUGAAGAACCGAAUUCACAGUGCCUGCAACAGCACAGGGAGUUAAUGACUGCCUGUGACAGUCACAACACUUCUCUUCCAGAAGCCUAUGUCUCUCUUGAAAAAUCCAGUUUCAAAACACCAAAACUUAAGGAUUUUCAGCAGUCUGAGCAGAAUUAUAGUUUAAGUCUUUCUACACCAUUAUGUCGGACUCAGCAACAAUGGAACCUUAUGGCUCCUGCAUUUUAUCCGUCCAGUGGAAGUCACAGCUUUGUAACUCCAGUGGCUGUCAGUCCAGGACAGUGGAGACCUGUUUCAGAUUAUAGGACAUUGGAAAAAGGACUUGUUUUUUCUUCUCCAGUGGUUCCAAAUGCCUGGGAUAGCAGCCCUUCUCUGAAGGUAUGGGAAAAUCAAGAUAGAAACUCAAAAUUGAACCUCUCGCAAGCACAGCAGCCACCUGUUUGUCACAUGAUGAGAAAAAAGAUGCACCUUAUAGGUCAAGUACUUGUUCUUCUCAGAGGUGUUCCGGGAUCAGGAAAAUCAUAUUUGGCAAGGAUGAUACUGGAAGAUAACCCAGGUGGAGUUAUUCUUAGUACUGAUGACUACUUUUAUAAAUGUGGAAAAUACCAUUAUGAUGCAUAUUGCUUAGGGGAAGCACAUGAGUGGAACAGGAAACGAGCCAAAGAAGCAUUUGAAAUGAAAAUCUCUCCUAUAAUUAUAGACAACACAAACAUACAAGCAUGGGAGAUGAAGCCUUAUGUUGUUUUGGCUCAGCAGUUCAAGUAUAAAGUCAUGUUUCGAGAGCCAGACACAUGGUGGAAGUUUAAGCCGAAAGAACUUGAAAGGCGGAAUAUUCAUGGGGUAUCUAAAGAAAAGAUCAAGAGAAUGUUGGAGCAGUAUGAACGUUGCCUUACUGUUAAUUCAAUCUUGGAGUCUUCUGUCCCAGAAAAAUCAGAAGUUACUGCUUGGAAUGAAGAUCCUUGUCAGGAGGAAAGUCAUAGAGAAAGGGAGGCACAUUCCCAAAAGGAAAGCAAACCUUCUGCUUCUGAUUUGGAGCCUCUUAAUUUACCUGAAGAUGAUAAACCUCUUUCCAGUUCUUCUCUAACUUCAGAAAGUAAUUGUGCUCCUGAAAGUUAUCAGAAAGAGGAAAAAGAAAUGGAAUAUAACUCAGUGGAACACAAUACUGAGAACAACAGCGUUCAAGAUAUCUUGGAUGUUGAUUUGUCAAGCUAUGUAGAGAACGAGCUGCCCUUGGAGAGAAAAAAAAAAGAAGGAGAAAGAAUGGAAGAAAUUACUGAAACAGAAAUGGAUGAGACUGAUAUAAUCACAACUGAAGAAACUGUACGCUUGCAUAGAGGAGGAGUUGAGAAACACAGUAAUGACAACAUUCUCAAAGUUCAGACUGAAUCUGAACAAAACAGUGAAAUAGGUUUGGAGUCAGAUUCAACAAAAAGAAGUAAUGUAGUAGAACCAAGCAGCUCAGCUAUGGAGGCAUCAGAAAAACCGGAGCUGCUGAACUUUCUGGGUGACUGGCCUGUACAACAAACGAUGGGACAGAGAGUUAAAAGAACUAGAAGGCUAGAAAAAUCUUCCCUGAAGAGUGAUAGGGAAGGUAAAACUCCCAGUCAGCAUCCUGAAUUAGGUAAAGAGCAAGCUGGCCUAACUGAUACCUGUAAUGUUGUAAAAGGUCAGGAGGGAGAAAAUACAACCUCUAGGUGUUUCUCUGUUAGUUCAGAUAAAGUUGCACCAGACCUGCAAAUAGUGGGACAUUGGCCGGUAUCAUUAGAACAGCGACAACAAAGGUCAAGGAGAAUGAGGAAGACAAGUCUAAGUCAGUCUGAUGAAGGUAGAAACACUGAAGGUGAUGUUAAUAGAAGUGCUCUUGACACUGUAGAUGUGCUUCGUGGGACACCUGUGGACACUGUAGAACAGGAUGUGAAGGAGUUGCAUUUUCACCAACCUGAAAUGAUAGGUAGUGAAACAGUUGCUAAGAAAAAAAACCAGCAAAACAAGAGAACAAGGAAACAUCACAAAUUAGCACUCACUUUUACAAACAAUAAUUUGCCCCACUCCAAAGAAGAAGAACAGUUGUCUGUGCCUAAUUCUGCAGAAGAGAAACAAGAUGCAUGCUCGUGUAGACAGAUAAGUAGCCAUUCACAAACCGAAUCUCAUGAUUUUGCUCUCCUGUGGAGAUUAGAAAAUAAAAUGCUUUUUCCUGAGACUGUCAAAGUAUUGCAUGGCAGACUAGAUGGCUUCAAACCCAAAGACAUGGAUAAUGCCUCAGGUUCUCAGGAAAAAAUACCGUAUCGAGUUACAUAUGAUAAAAGUACAUUCGUGGAAGAAAGUGAACUUAUCAAUAUUGAUGAGACUGAAAAGCUAAACAUGCUGUGUAAGCUCUUUGAUUCAUUUUCAGUUGAAGCUGUGAAAGAUCUGUAUGAAAGAUGUAACAAAGACAUAAACUGGGCCACAGGUCUACUCUUAGACUCUGAUGAAAAGUUACAUGAAGAUGUUAAUACUGAAUGGUUUCAAGUAAAAGAAGCUGAGCCAGUUGUUGCAGACUUUGAUUUCAAGGAAAAUACCAACUAUGAUGAGAAUCGUGCAAAUUGCACAAACAUAGAGCAAAUCACUGGGGCUAGUAAUGUUUCUGAUCCUUCAGAAGAUAAGAACUCAUCAGUCAGCAUUGAGGAAAGUAGAGCUACUGAGACAAUUGUGACAGAUGCUAGUGUGUCUGACUCAUUUACUGCUAUCUUGUUGAAUGAUUCAGUGGAACUGAAAAAUUCCAGUGAUACAGCUCCUAGAGGCUAUGCAGGCAACUCAGCAGGUGUCAAUGAGUCCAUUUCUGGAAUGCAAAAGAUGGAGUCUGAGAGUCCUGUUGAAGAAGUGAUGAAUAAGCUCUCAGACUCACAAGUUGAUGCAGAUUUAUCCGUACCCAUAACUUUAUCUCAUGCUCUUAAAACAACUACCAAUUCAAAAUUAACUACUGAAAAUGACAGUAACUCUUCGGAAAGCAAUGUGGAGAAUGCCAAAGAGAUGCCUUUGUUACUGGAUAUGGACGAUGUACCGUUGGUAGAUUCUAGGAAUGAUAAAGAACUGGAGGCUGAUAGAGAAAAUCUGGGGAGUUCCGGGGAGAUCAUUGGUAAAGAGGAAAGUGGAACUUUGAGCAGGAAUGAAGAUAAGGCCAAGAUACAGAGCCCUUCACCAGUAUCGUCUGCAGCCUUUGAUAUAGAUAGCCUAGAACUAACGUUACCUCCUGAACUGGCUCUCCAGUUGAAAGAAAUAUUUGGGCCUGUUGGCAUUGAUGCAGGAUCACUAACUGCUGAGGAUUGUGUGGUUCAUAUUGAUCUGAAUUUGGCAAAAGUGAUUCAUGAAAAAUGGAAAGAAUCUAUUCAGAAGCGUCAGAGGAGAGAUGAAUCAUGGAAGUUGUCUGCAGAAGGUUCUACAUUGAUUCAGCAGAUAGAUAUGAAUGACUCAAAAAUGCUGUUAUCUCAAAAUGCAGACAAUAAAAUGCAGAAGAAAGGAAUGAACUGGGUUUCAAGCUCAUCUGACGAAACGCAGACUAAAAAAGCAGCAACAUCAGAAAUUUUUCCUUUUAUGGAUCACUGGAAUGCUCGAACUCAGAAAGUUUCUCUCAGACAAAUAAUAUCUGAAGAAAUAGCUAUGCAGGAGAAAGAGGAUCUGAAACGUGUUCCUUCUGUGGCUAGAAAAGAUUGUGCUGCUAAACUGAAGGAGAAGCAACUUUUUGAGAUGUUUCCGACUAUUAAUCAAAAUUUCUUAAUGGAUAUCUUCAAGGACAAUAACUAUUCUUUAGAGCAGACCGAACAAUUUCUGAACUGCGUUCUGGAGGCAGAUCCUGUAAAAACAGUUAUAGCUCAAGAAAGUGUUCAGCGAAAUGAAAUUGUUUCUUCAUACAGUGCUGCAAAGAAUCGGGAGAAGGCAAGAAAAGCUAAGGAAGAGGAUGAUGUUUUGAGUGAAAUAUUUCAAGAAUAUGAAUAUCCACAGUAUGAUGACUUUAGAGCAGAAGCUUUUCAUCACCAGCAAAAGAGGCAGGAGUGUUUGAAAAAGGCUGGGGAGGCCUAUCACAUGGGAAUGAAGCCUGUGGCAGCAUUUUAUGCACGUCAGGGUCGCCUUCAUGAGCAGAAGAUGAAAGAAGCCAACCAUGCUGCUGCUGCGCAAAUCUUUGAAAGAGUAAAUACUUCCUUGCUGCCUCUGAAUGUGUUGGAUCUGCAUGGUCUCCAUGUGGAUGAAGCUGUGAAUCAGUUGUCCAGAGUGCUGCAGGAAAAAAGCAACGAGUACCAACAGUCUGGUGGUAAACCUUAUCUCUGUGUUAUCACGGGAAGAGGAAGCCAUAGUCAGGGAGGAGUUGCUCGCAUCAAACCAGCAGCUAUCAGAUACCUCACAAGCCACAACUUCAGGUUUGCAGAAAUAAAGCCAGGCUGCCUGAAAGUCAUGCUGAAUUGAAGGGUUAAUGAGAAGAGGAACGUAAAAAAUGAGAUGUUGGAUUACAGCUAAAAACUUUUUGAACAACUGCAAUAAUAUUUUCUAAUCUGUUUUAAAGGAUGGUAUUUAUUAGAAGUGGUCUCAAUUUGCAGCACAUGGUCUUGUCAGUAUGUUUCUAAGAACAUUUUCUUGUGGGAUAAAUCUUUUUUUUUCUUUAAAUCUACCAAAAAAAAUAAUCCAGGAUUUGAAGUCUUAGUAAUGCAGAUUAAGAAUUCUGAUGAGGAUUUUAUAAUGUUUUCAAGGGAAGUUGAGGUACAGUUUUUAGAUACAGCAGUCUUCUCAGCUUACUCAGUCCAUAACUCUCACUUCACCUAUUUAAAUUUCAGUGAUUUCAUUGUUUUUUGGAAUGUAGAACCUUUUACAGCUAUUUUGUGAUUCAGAGCUUUGUGCUAAAUCCUUCUGAAGAGCAGAGGAGAGGUGGGAACUCAGCAACUAUUGCUAUUUCGAAUCCCAUUACCAUUGAAUGUUAAAAUACUUCCAGAUUUCUUUGAGAGUCAGAGGUGUUCUUUUUAGUGCUCAUUUUGUGACAACUCAACCAGUUCUGUUAUUCUAUUCCAAACUACUCUUGAAACAAAUGAAAGGACUGUAUGUUAGGACCAGCUGCGUAUUAGGUAAUUUUUUACAGAUUUAGCAGUCUAUUAAAGGAGAAAAAUAAAACAUCUACUUACACAUAGCUAAUGGGAAAUGCACUCAUUAAAAAACAAAAAAUCAAACCCACAAAAACUAUGGAAUGAAGAGUAUACCUUUUAUGACUUUUUGAAUGAUGUGAAAUGAGUAUGUUUCAUUUUGCAGGUAUUUAAUAGUGAUGUCUUCGUUCUGUGCGUAUUAACUUUGGUAAUUUCCUUGUAGAAAAUCUGUUUAUCUUUGAGACAUUUAAAAAGGUAUUUUUAAUAUCAAAUUGAAUGUGAAUAUUACAGUUGUAAUCGCCCAUCUUGAAGAAGAUAUGAAAGGUACUCCGUUCAUGGUGGUUUUGCAUCUGAAUAUACCUAUGUUUUAAAAACAUAGAAACACAAAACCAAGCCACAAAAAAAAGAAAAAAAAAACCAGAAAAAAAACAAAGACUGAAAAACCCAAUAAAUAGAAACACCUGUACUUUGGCAUGGAUUUUCAGUAAGCAGUCAGAAGCCUUUUUCAUUUCACCUUCUACAGUGAAUUACAUCUUACACCUUUGCUUCCUUUGAAGGCCAUAGGAAUUCAUGAAUUCAUUAAACCGGUUGUUUUUUUGUUUGCUUUUUUUUUUUGUUUCCUAAUGUAAAGCUUUGUUUUUAAGAACGGAUAGGAGUUGUGUAUUAGGAAUAGUUUUAAUAGGUUAAGGAUUAAUAGGAGAGUUUUUCAUUUUUAAAAUACUUUCUCAGUAAAUCUUAUCCAGGAACUUCACGCGCGUGGAGUUUCUGUAUGAAUCCAUAUGUGUGUACAAGUUCUGCCAUUUGUGUGCAUGGGCAGUAUAAGCAAGGAACUUCUGUGAGAAAAGCUGUGCACAGAAAUAGGUUUCAUUGCAAAUGUGUUGCUGACAAGUGGAAAGACAUGAAGUUUACUGAAUUUACUACUGUAUUUACUGUAAUAGAUACACAGUGAAUGCAGUGUACGAUAGAUCAAAAAAUGAGUUUGUCAUGCUUUAACAUACAGUAAUCUUUUUGGUGAUUUACAAUGCAAGAAUAGCUUGAAUAAUAUUUAAUCAAACAGACUUACUGGAAUAAUUGUUUUAAGAAUAAGUUUUAUAUUUUUGGGGGAUACUUCAUUAAUUCGUGUCCCUUUUUCUCCUUUUUGAGCUACACUGUUAAGCAGUGCUUGAAAUACAAAAUAUUUGGGCUCCCCAAGCAGCACUAGCAGGGUUGUUUAUGCUACUGUACCUGUGGGGUGAAGCCCAUGCUCCAUCCUCUGUGACUGCCUAGAAUGAAAGACUGACGUGUCUUUCAGGCACUGGGGCUGUAGACAUCUGAAAUGCCUAAAUGGAGCUAGGAUCAUUCUUCUGUACAAAGAAAGUUCCUUCUGGUUUUGAGCAAAUUUUCGUUACUGCUGCUUUUUAUACUGAAUGGAGAUGUGGCUCUUUGGGGUGCUUCUUUGGAGCAUAGUCCCUGCUGGUUGGCUUGGGUGGCAGAGUUGCCCAGCAAAGGUCUCUGUUUAUACUUGGAAAUGUCAGUGUUGAGCUGCUGGGCGCCAAAGUUGUAAUGCAAGUGAGCUUGUACCCAGAGAAAUGCCUACACUUCUGGUUGUGUUGGGAGGGGGCCUGAUUCGCUCAGCACAUUCACACCAUCCUGACAUGGACAAAGACAGCUUAGAUUUCAGUUCAGAAGAUGAGCAGGAGUUGUUGCCUUGUCCAUCUGUUUAUCUUAGCCUAGUUGUUGAUACACUUACCCUGGAGGUGAGAAGCAUAGCUUUUCUCCUUUUGCUGGCUAAGUGAGGAACAAUGACUGCACCCAGCUCUCACUUCUCCAGAAAAAACCCUACCUAGUGGGCUCGGGGUCUCCUGAAGUGCCACUUUCUGAGCCUUUCUUGAACCUGCUGCUGUAAGAUUAAAAAAAAUAAAUCAAGAGUGUGAAAGAGGUUAAAAAUUUUAAAAAAAUAAAAAUAAAAAAAGAAGUGGAAAAACAGUCUAUGGAAACUGCACCCACAGAUUUUCAGUGUCCCUCCCUCUCGUUAUUCUCUCUCUUUGUGUUUAACCAAGUAGGGCUGAAAAUGUUCAGGGCAAAACCUCAGCUCCAUGCCCUACUAGAAGAGCUUUUCUCCCAUCUGUUAGUCAGUGGAGAGGUGCAGAGCUGGAGAAGUUUGGAAUACUUCUUUCUUUCUCUGUCCCUUGUGUCUUUGGAUACAGGCCCGGGCUCACUGAGGUACUUUGGAUACCAUACCUUCCUACAAGCUGGUUGUUUGCCUGAUUAUAAUUUGUUGAUUGCAGGCUGAAUUUGGAUGAAAGUUAUAGUUUAAUAUUGUAAUGGGAAGAAGCAGUCUUGCUUUUAUUGAAAUUGUAGACAAAACCUCUAUCAGCUUCAGCAGCUUGACUUGAGGCAUUGCCCUUCCAAUUCAGAGAAAAGAUGAUGAGCUCAGCUGUUUUCACCUGUAGGAGUUUAAGUGUGUGCUUAGAAGCUUUACUGAGUGGGAUAUGGAAUGGAGCAGAAAAUCAGUGCGGAGAGAGAAAGUAGGGUUCUGUUAUUUGAAAGCACGAAGUUUCUUAAUUCUUGCCAAACUAUACAGAAAAACACACCAGAAUUCUUGUGUUUCUUCAACUGUUUUUAUAAUAGGAUAAGUAUUUUGUAGUGAGAUGAAUUAUUUAAAAUAGAAUUGUUUGAAAACGACAUUUGACGUCUUUUGCAGUUGCAUCAGUGUGAGUCAUGAGGCAUAUUGUGAAAAUUCUGCAUUUGAUAUUUUUAAUCCAAGUAGCACUUAGUCGUAUGGCCACCAGCACUCUGAAACAUGUGACUUCCCAAAUGCCUAUAUUGUGUGCCACUUCUUAAUCUAUUCAACAGCAUGUGGUUGCAAUGGCUGCUCACCCCUAAUGUGACUUUUGGUUUCUUCUUCUAUGAAGCAUUUUAAUGUUUACUUCAAUUUUUAAUAUAGGAAGGUUCUCAAAUUGUUCAUGCAAAAUUCAAUUCAACACUGUAGCAGUGAUGUGUAGCCCUACAGUAAAGAAAGAAAAGAAGGAAGAAAGGAAGGAAUAAAAAGUUUCUAAGUGUAAUGGUGAUAGUUAUUCUCCAAAGUGGUGCAAGUGUUUGGAAAUACAUUUCUAUUGGUCACGAAAGCAAUGGGGCAGAAAUAAUUUUUCAACAAUACCUUGAUAAUGCUUGGAUUAACUUGGGUUUUGUUUUUAAUCAUAUGUGGUAUAAUCUUGUUUAAACUUAGUGUUUUUUAUAGGCCUGCUGAAGAACACCUCAGGCAAAAUGUAACUGGCAUUUUUUUGUGGCUGUUGGGAACCACUGUGACUUGGGAGUCUUCAUUGGAGCAAUGCAGAUGCCCUAGUUUAACCUGGUUGGUUGUACAUAGAGUGUCAGGAAAGAUCUUCACAUGUUUAGCAGAACAUGUAUUUUAAACAAGUAUAUGAGCAGAUGAAGAGUAACCAAAUCGUUCCUUAAUCUUGCCACAAAAUAUGUCUGGUAAAUAAGAGGACAGUUUUUAUUGAUGAUAGCAAUGAAUGAUCAUCAUAAAUGUACUGUGAUAAAUUAUACAUGGACUUUACGUUGCUCAUGGUCAUGUCUUCAAAUGCAUUUCACGUUUACAGAGUAGUACUGCCCUCUUCACGGAGAGAGGAAGAGGACAGAGUACAAACACUGAAAAAGAAAUGUUUGUUAUCACAAUGGCAGUGUAUCAAAAUUGGAGUUUUUUUAAAAAUAAAAAUAUUUUUAAU